AUACAUUCAAUUCAAUUCGAAAUAAACUUUGCCAUGUGGGAGCAGAAAGAAUUUACUUGAAGUGGAAAGUUUUCUGACAACCAAAUAACUAUAUAACAAACGAAAUCUUAAUGGCUGGCGUACCAAAUGGUUACAUCUUUCCACCACCACGCAAAUUCACACCUGAAGUAUGGCAGAGACCUCCGAAUUUUUUUCGCCCAGACCUUACUUUUGGUCCCUCACACUAUGGACACGAGGUGCCUAGGCCUCCAUUUCUAAUGGCAACUGGACAGCGUUUCAUGAAUGGCGUAGGACCAAAUUGUGGUAUGCAAUGGUAUGAGUCACAGCAGCCUUCUGGAUAUGAAGGAAAUGCACAACCACCCCAAUUUUCAAAUUUUGUUCAGCAAAACAAAUUAAAUUUUCAUGGAGACAAAGCUGGGUACGGUCGUGGUGUUGACAAGAUGUCGCCGGCGACAGGCAAAGCAGUGAAUAAAAUGAUUAACAAGGAUGAGAAGAUGAUGUUUUUCUGUGAGCCAUGUGAAAAGGAAUUCAAAACUUUGGCUGACAAAACAAUGCAUCUGAAAGGUCAUGUCAAGUGCGAAGUUAAAGGUUGUACAUUCAUAGCAUCCAGAAAAAUUCUCAAGCUCCAUUUCAUUCAGAAUCAUGAAGAAGGAAGAUUUAGAAUCAGCUUGCAAAGUGAUGCUGAUAUAAAGAAGUGGAGGGAUGAAAGAAAAAAAAACUAUCCAAGUUUGUUUAGGCAAAAGGCAAAAAUUGAAAACGAAGAAGAAAAGAAAAGAAAGGGGCACGUUUUAGAGACAAAAUUGUACAGCUACCGAGGAAAUGAUUCGUGGCAUAUAAAAAAUCCUAAAAAAAUUGAAGUGAAAAAAGAAAAUCAAGAAAUGAACAAUAACUGCAAAGAUCCAUUGGAAACUGUCUCAAAAGAACCAAACCCUAAUAAAAAACCGGAUGAACAGAGUGCUCACAUUGUAGAGUCAAAAGCAAAUGCAUUGACUGGUUUACAGUUAAUGUAUGAUUCGUCACCAAGUGAGGAUGAGAAUGAGAACGACUUUUACGAUUUCAAAGAGACAAAAACGAUAAAGCCUGGUCUUUGCUCAGAUAUUGCGCCAGAUGACGUCAUAAAAGAAGAAAAGGUAGACACAAAUGAAACUCCUUGUGGUAAAGGCAACAGUUUUAGUGAAGGACCAGCGUGUAAAGAUAGUAUCACAAAGCAUGGGAAUAAGAAUCAGUGUUUAGAUGAUAGGAACUCGCACGAGGAAAAUUUACAAAAUUAUUCUCAAACAUCCUGUUUGAAAGAGCAAAAGUCUGGUCAGAUUAAUCAGGGGAAAAGGCAGUUAAGCCAACGAGACGUUGGAACCCAUUACCCGUCAAAAGGAAACGAUCUUGCAAACCAACUUUAUUGGAAAUGCUUUUGGCGAAUGAUAUUCGACAUGAAAGAAACGUCCUUUUGCAGUGCAUAAGACAUAUUGUCAAGAAUAAGUUUUUCGACAGGAACCAGAUUACUAAAUGAAACAGUAGUUUCGUACUAUUUUCCUUGUAUUCAAUUUUUUUAUAAUAUUCUUUCAAUUCAUUUUGUCUCAGUUUUCUUGCAAAAAUGCUAAAAUUGGGAAAUUGAACUCAAGUUAUUGCUUAAAGAAACAGUUUACUACAUUUUUGCAUCCCAUCCAGACAACGAAAAGGGCAAGAUGAUUUUAAUCUUGAAGUUCUCUUUUAGAAAUAAAAAUUUCAGAAACUUCAGGAAUUUUCCAUGUACAAUACUUGCGUUUAUUAAGCUUCAUAAAGUAUAAAACUCUAAACUUUAUAGAUUCUAUUUGUUUAAAAGAAAGAAUCUGAAUUUUAAGAGUUUUGCAUCUUACAUGUUAUUCGCUAAGAGCCCGAAAACCCUCAGAGGGUACGCCCGAAGUAGUUGGUAAUGAAGUGAAUCUCGAAUCUGCAUAGAGACCUCUCAGACCUGAACAGGCUCUUUUUAGAUGUUUAAGAUCUUGUUGAGGUCAGCUCCAGGGGGACGAGAACCCGCAGACCCGGACAAAAGUUCGGGUAAAACCGGAAACACCUGCGAAAAUUUGGAAAAUCCAGUGUUAGCGACCCGAAAUUCCGCUCGUUUAGCAGAAAAAAUCGGAUUCCCGGUGACUAGAAUACUAUUUAUCUUAUUUUUGUAGCUAUUUUCUUUCACUUUAUACACAUUAUAUCCCCUUUUAUCCCGUCAUUUCGUGCGUAUCUUUUCGUUGUAUAUUAUGUUCCCUAUUUUUUUUAUUUCCACAUCCCCGGCAUACACUGUUUUCCUUAAUCAAUGGCGAAACUGCAUUGAAACUCGCAUGCAUUUCAACAGAUCCUGAUUUCUAGGACUGAUUUGAAUGCGUAAUAGCUUGAUGUGAAUUUAUAGAACCUUUUCAAGUCAGCCCACUGAUUCGCCUUUAGUUUUGCAGUAUUUUCUACAAAGUAAGAAACUCUAUUGGUAAUUUUAUUUAGCAAUUUUCAAAAGUAGUUGUGUUUCCAUCACAUUCAAAGCUAUGUAUGUAAAUUGUAAUAUCUUCAUAACAUAGUGAAUUUUGAUGUUUUCUAUUAUGCAAAAAGUUAUAUUUCUCCAGAGUUCCCUUUUAUCAUUAUCAUUUCUUCAGAGAAUGAUUAGAGUGACCCGGUAAUCGAACUUUCUUAGGAAUCCUAAUUCUUAUUACUCAAAAUAAUUUUUUAGAACUUUCUUAGCAAAAAUGUUGUUACUUACUGCCUUACCUUAGGCAUUUUAAAGUACUACGUAAUUCUUUAAAGAAAAACAUUUUUGGGGAGGAAGCAAGGCACAGAUUUGAGUCUCAGUCAAGGCUCACAAAGAAUCGACAUUGGUUUUGGCUGUAAAAUCAUUAUUUGUAUGUUACUUAGCUACUAACUCACUAAGGUGUACAUAAGGAAAAAUCAGAAAUACUUAAAUGCAGCGUUUUUCUGCAAAACAUUCCUUUUUUACUUCCUGAGCCGAAUACUACUUUUAAUAUACUACUUUUUU